UUCCGAAUUAUCUGGAAUAAUACUCCAAACUGAUAGUAGGUGCUGUAAAGACAUUGCAUAUUUCAUUUGCAACUUCCCUCCACUCCCCCAGCCUGGUUGUCUUUCAUAAAUGGUAUGUCCAUCUGCUCAAUCUCUAAAGCCAGAAAUUUGGGAGUCAUUUUUUUACUCCCUCUUUUGUCUCACUACUAUAUUCACUUUGGGAAAUCAAUCAGGCAAGAACUAUUACCAGGAAAGCCUAAUAAAUUCAUGGCAAGAAAAGGAGUGAACAGCUUCAACCAAGUCCAAGCAGACAUCACACAUAUUUAACAUACUUAUUAGAACUCUGUGUUCUCUCAGUGUUUUAGAAAAAAAUGUCAGGUUCCCCAAAAGGCAACUCAAAAUUAGUGGCUGAGCCACACAUAUUCAAAUCCUGAUCACGAACUCUCUGUCCUUCCUCCCAUCUUAGCCAGCGUGGGUGAAAGAGUCUCCCCUGUGGCCUGAUGUGAGCGGCGUGUUGAGAAAGCAAGGAACGGAGGGCGUCCAGCCAGAAGAGCCCAGGGCCCUGAGUCAUACAGCCACAAGGAAGUAAAUCCGUCGAUAACCUGACCGUACUUGGAAGCGGCUUGAGGCUCUAGAUGAAAAUACGGCCCCGUCUGACACCAUGAUGAUAGGCGCCCCUGUGAGACCCUGAGCCGAGGCUCCCAGCGAGGUCCUGCCUCAACCCCGGACCCAAGGAAACUAGCUCUGCCGCUGAAUCAUGGAGUCUUCAUCUGAGGUCGAAAGAUCGUCCCAUGCCAUUGUGAUACAACCAAAUGAAACAGUGCUGACUGCACUUCCCUAUGGGCCUCAGACCUCUCUGCUGGAUUUCCUGAAGGGAGAGCCCAAAGUCUUGGGGGCUAUCCAGAUCCUGCUUGCACUGAUCACUGUGGGUGUCGGAACUAUAUUUGCAUUUAAUUACUUCAGUUUCUCCCAGAGGUUUCCCCUCAUCUUCUUCACGGGAUAUCCAUUUUGGGGAGCAUUUAUUUUUCUUAUUACGGGCUACAUCACAGGAAUCAAUGAGAAGAAAAGAUGUAUGGGACUAGGUGUCACAGGCAUGAAUGUCAUCAGCUCCUUGGUUGCGGUCGCUGGGAUUACUCUAACCAUUAUCAGCUACAGACAGCAGCACGAGUACUGCCAGAUGCCUUCCCUCGAAGGAAUAUGCGUUAUAGGCAGAAUCCUGUUCAAUGGAAUUUUGUCAAUCUUAUUGAUCACCAGCAUAGUAGAGCUCGGCAUCUCUGUGACCAUCGCCUCCUUCCGAAGCAAAUGCUGGACAACCUCCGAUGAGAUUGUAUUUUUCUUGUCUUCGGAUCUCACUCAAGAAAGUGAACUAUCUAUCUCUGAAGAAAAUGCUGCAGUACAAUUUGAGCUUCAAGAACAGUCCACUACUGAUUCAACAACAAACAUGCAACCCGUUUUCAUCGGAGGCUAUACUUUCUUCAAGUUAAGAAUCACAAGAAAUCCUUUAGCUUUCAGACAUUCAAGGAGGAGAAGCAGUAAUACUUACUAUGUAUCUUCUGUGUCCAUGCCAGAUGAACAACAGAAAAGUAUCCGUGUACCCUUAAAACUUUACGAUGAAAGACCUAGGCUGAAAUCCUUGCCUCCCCCAUUACAGGAAAUGCUCUCAGAAGAGAUUCCAUACACCAAACCACUGAAUGAAGAAGACCUACAAUUUGCUACAGCACAACACCCAGAACAGCCAACCCAACUGCUGCAAUCCCAAGCUUUGCCACUCCAAGUUCUCCCAUCCAAUUCUAUAAAAAAACUCCAAGUGUUACCACCCCAGGCUCUACCAGUCUUGGCAUCUCAACCUCCAUCAUCCUAUCAAACAGAAUCUCAUGGCCUGAUAUCUGAAGACAUGGCAUAUCACGACAUAACAUCCCAAGAAUCACAAUACCAGAAGAUGCCAUCCCAAGAUAUACAGUCCCAAGACACGCCAUCUUCAUAUGCACCAUCCCAAGUCAUACCAUCCCAGAAUGCAUUAUCCCAAGACAUGCAAUCCCCAGUAUAUGAAGACAUACUUUACCAAGAUGUGCAUUCCCAGCCACGAGCUCUGCCAGCACAACCCAAGCUACUGGAACUCCCAGCAUUCCAUGCAGGCCAGUCCUCUAAUAUGCAAUGCCUACAGCAGCAAGCCCUAGAUCUGCAACAUCGAAACCAGAAACUCGAACAUGUAUCAUAUCAAGACAUGCAUUCAGAAGUCAAGUUACUGACCCAAGAAUGGAAAUCUAAGGAGCAAUUCCACAGCAAGAAAUCCUCAGAGUGGCAAUUCCUAAACUGGCAAAAUAAAAACGUGCAAUCCCUAAAGUUACAUGAUUUAGACUGGCAAAACAAAGGCUGGCAAACUCCAAAGCAUAAAUCCCAAGACCUGCAAAAGCAAGGCCAGAAACCCUUAAAAAAGAAAUCCCUAGACCAGCAUGUCAAAGAUUGGCUAUCCCCCAAGAGGCACUCCAUAGAUAAGCAAACCCAAGUUAAGCAAACCAGAAAGAAAUCCUCAGAUCUGCAAGCUAACAACCAGCUGCUGGUCUCAGAGGGACAAUCCCUAAGGCAACAAUCCCCAAGUAGACAAUAUAAAUAUCAACAGGACAAAAAGGAAAAAUCCCCAAAGGAACAACCUAAAGAUAGACAAGAUAAAGCUCAACAGACUGAUAUGGAGCAACCCCCCAAGAAGCAAACCCAACAUGAGCAAGCUGAAGAUCUGCAGGUCCGAGAAAAGAAGUCCCCAAAGGAACAGCCCAAAGACAGAAAAGAUAAAGCUCAACAGACUGAUAUGGAGAAAUCCCCCAAGAAACAACCCCAAUAUGAGGAAGCUGAAAACCUGCAGGCCCAAGAGGAGAAGUCCCUACAGCUACAUCAAAAUUGGCAAUCCCAAGUCCAGGAAUACCAAGCUUGGCAAUCUUCACACCAACAAUCCCAAGACUGGAGAAGUCAAGGAUGGAGAAACAAAGAGUGGAAAGCACAAGAUGUGCAAUUUGAAACUCCACAUUCCCUGAAGUGGGAAUCCCAAGUCUGGCAAACCCAAGAUCUAUUAGAGAAAGAAUCCCUAAAGCAGAAAACUCUACACCAAGAAGGCCAACAUGUGCAUGUCAUAACUCGACGUCAGCAAUUACAAAGCAUUCCUUUGGAAGACAGUCAGUCUCAAGAUGAGAAACAACAAGACCUUAAAUCCACAGAUAUCCAAAAUGAAGAUAUGCAAACAGAAACCAUGCAAAUAAGAGACAGCAAACCAGAAAGCAUGAAAUACCCAAACUUAUACAGGCAACAGUCAGAAGACAAAAAGCCAGAUUUUUGUUGCUCCUGCCAAAGCUCAAUACAAGACACACAUUUUGCCUAUAUAUCUGAUGUAAAUUCAGAACAAGAUGUGCAAAAAAACAUUUCAAUGUGUUCCAUUUCAUACCAAGAAGACAUGACUUUAACUUCUCCCUCAUGUUCACCAAAAGACCAACAGCAAUCUGAGGAUUCUGACUAACAUGGAAAAUCUAUCCAAAUGCCACAGUGUUCCCAAGUAUGGAACCAAAAUAAGAAAAAACAAUAUAGUCUCCUCCAACCUAUGUUCUCAAGUAUAGCUGCUACCUAUUCACUCACCAGAAAACAAAGGGCAUGCAAAACACACAAAUGAUUUGUCCUUAAGUAAAAUAAAAUGACAACAAAUAUUAACAACAUAUCAUAAA